CACACACACACGCACACACAUUCACAUACCGCUUGUCCAUAUGUCCGAGACACCACACGGAAAGCCGCCGGUCGACUGCGAGUGCCAGAUCUGCUUCGACGACAUCGACGAGUCGUCCUAUGUCGAGUACAAGUGCGCUGGCGGGGUCGACGGUCCAUGGCAGGUCGCCACCAUCUGCGCCACUUGCACCGAGUACCUGCGGACAAGCCAGUACAAUAAGUACGUGAGCGACCUCGCCAAGACAAAGUGUGCCGCAGAGCAACGCCGUCUGCUCGAGGCCGGGCCGCCUAUCAACCUCUUUGAGCCGCACGGCCUGCCUUGCGGCUGUGGCGGGUGCGACGGCCCGCGCGCAGAGGUCGCUCUCCUCUGGUACGCAGGCGAGGGUGACAAGGAUCCCAAGCUCGAGGGCUCGCUCGUCGGCGAGGCUCGCCAGGCUUGGUGGAACGAGCAGAAGAAGUUCCGCAUCGUAGACGAGGAUGCACCUGCUGAUCCUGCGACCGAGUGACGACUUUGAAUCGCGUCCGCGCCUGAGCGAUGAGGGUACAGACGAGGUCUCCACCACCACCACACACACACACACACACAUCCCCCG